GGGGGUCCUGUGAAACAUCACUGUGGGGCUGCUGUUCCUCUGUGCCCCACUGCAUGAGUACAGACCAGUGAGAAACAGUAGAAACCAGCAGAAAUGAGUAAGGGUACAGACCAGUAGAAAUCAAUAGGAUCAAGUAGGAAGCCUUAAAGGUCUACUUGAAUCACCAGUGGUAGAGAAUUCUACAGUCCUGUAGGCACCAACUCAGUCCAGUAGGGACCAGUUCCAGCUGGUAGGCACCAGUUCAAAGCAGUAGGCACCAGUUCAGGCCACUAGGGACCAGUUCAGGUCACUAGGGACCGGUACAGAGCAGUAGGAAGUCCUUCUCUGACCAGUAUAGAUCUGUAUGGACCACUAGGGUAUUCUACAUAUCAGUUUAGCCCAGUGUAUACCAGUAGGGAUUAGUAGAAACUACUAUAAACCAGUAGGGACUGGUAUAUACAGGUAGGGAGCACUGUGGUCUUUCCCCUGCCCUAACCAGUCUAGACCAGUAAGGACCAGUAUGGACUGGUAAGAACCACUUUAGAACCGUAGGAAGCAGUACAGAGCAUGAGGGAGCCCCACUGACCAGAAUAGACCAGUAUAGAGCCAACCAGUAUGGACCAGGGGACACUAGGAGAAGAUGGGGACAUUGAGAGAGAAUGGAGACAGUGGGAGGGGAUGAGGGGACACUGGGAUGGGACAUGGAACAAUGAAAGGGAAUGGGGACACUGGGAGGGAACAAGGGACACCAGGAGGGGAUGGGGGACACAAGGUAACGUCCCCGUCCCCCUUGACACCCCAAUGUCCCCCCAGUGUCCCCUGAAUGUCAUAUGGGAUGUGCUGAGGGUGACACAGGAAAGCCACCUUGUCCGUUGUCUGCCCACUGUCAUUAUCCUCUGCCAGGUGGCCCUGUGGGCUGUGGAAAAAUCCGAGGGCCACCCGGCUACUGCCAUCAACGAUCAGUGUCACUAAACGUCCCACUAGCACAUCCGACCUGGAUCGCUGCCACCAACACCACCACUACCACCAAGGCCAGAAAAGCCAUCAAUGCUGCUUCCACCAUUAGGGAAGUGUUGGAGGAGGUGACCAAUCACCUCCAGAUCCUGGUGGCUGCCGUCACCCUCAACCUGGAGGUGACCCAAAGUUUUCCUGCCAGCACCCAAGCCUUGGGGAACACUGUGGUGGCUUUACAGAUCAUGCUGAAGGAUGAGGAGGGAACCAACUCCUGGAAGGUCUGCCGAGGAACCUGUAUGGAUGGGGACACUAGGAUGUCCCCCUGUCCCAUCUGGGGACACCAGGUAGGACCUCCUUGUCUGGAGGACAACAUGAUGUUCCCUGUCCCACUGGGGACAGUGGAGAGCUGUGGGGACACCAGAGCCUGUGGGCACUGGGGCAACUUGGUGACACUGUCCCAUGUCCCCGCAGUAAUCUUCAAGGACACACUGAACACUGAGCCUCCAAUUUGUCACUUGGGGUUGGGGACAUGGUGGCUACAUGGCGUCAGCAGGAGAGGGAAUGCCCCUAAAUGUCACCACUAAAGAACUCGAGAUUGUCCUCAAGAAUGCCCCCAAGUCAUGGGGAACAUUGUGGGGACAUGCCAGGACAGCACUGGGGACACUGAGGAGGUGUCGGGGACAAAACUGGAGUCACCACUGAGGCUGUGAUGAGGACAUGCUGAGGACAUCCUGAGGGUUUGGGGAACAUGAGGAGCUAUUGGGGACAUCAGGGGACACUGAGGGCAGUGGGUGGUCAGGAGAUGAGGAGAAAAAGUGAAAAAAUAAGGAAAAACUCUGGAAAAAGGGGAGUCUCCCUCCCGGAAAAUCAGAAACGGAACAGAACCCAGCAUGCCCCCACACCACGUGUUUGCAGCCAAUCGCCCUCUGGCUCUGCAGGAAGUUUUCCUUUCCCUUUGCAACUCCCUGCGGCAGCACCCAGUCCCGUUUUGGAUUGGUUUUCCUUCUUUUCACUGUUUCCGAGGUCAGCUGAAUCUCCGCUCUCAGUACCCACAGUGAUGGACCCAUAGAGUCUCGGUUUUCUGCGCAAUCCAGCUUGAAAGUGACGACCUUGGGACCGGCGGAUUGUCACCUUGCUGCCACCACUCAUGUGGACGCAGGAUGUCACCAGGGCCAUCGGCCCCUCUGAGGUGUCUCCAGAGCUGCUGCAGCCUCUGGUGACUGUGGUGGCCACCUUGGGCAAGUUGGGGACCAUCCCUGGGGACAUCUCCCUGGGAGGGGACAUGGGCUCACUGCGGGCCAGGCUGCUGACCUUCAGCUCUAGCGUGCGCAGAGCCAUGGUGCACCCGGAUGGCAAUGCCACCCUCCUGCGACAUGCUCUAGGGGCCACCAAGGAACAGUCUGGUGCCCCCACAGCCAUCACCGACUCAUGGCAGAAGGCGGUGACCACGGUGAAGGACAUCUGGGCCAAGCUGCAGGAGGAUGCUGCAUGCCUGAGGGAUGCCUGUGGGGCUGUGGCCACUGCCAUGGCCACCACUGAGGCCACCAAGGGCCACCUGGUGGAAGCAGCGACACAGGAGGACAAAGCACACAAAGGGUUGAUGGCUGCCACCAGGGUGGUGGUGGUGUCCUCAGAGGUGGCCCAGGUGACAGAGGUGGUGGCAGCUCAUGAUGCACGGGUGGCAGAGGCCAGGGAAGGGCUGCAGGCAGCCACCAAGGCCACCGAGGAGGUGGCGGCAGCAGUGGUGGCAGCAUUGGAAGCCAAGAAGAGGGGACAACACGCAGCAGUGGCCCAUGGGCUCCUUGAGCAGUUGGUAGCAGCCUGUAUGGGGGCCUACAACUACUACAGUCAUGUGGAGUGCUGCCUCAGGGACAUCAAGGCCAUGGUGGGUGUCACUACUGGAGAUGGUGGCCCUGAUGUCCCCAAGGCCACCCAGGGGGACAUGGAUGUCCCCAAGGAGCUGGCGGAGAUAGUGGUGGUGGCUGAGGCGCUGUGGGAUGCCAGCGCCCAGCUGGCCCAGGAGCACCUCUUGGGGACACUGCGGGGUGUUCGGAGCCUGCUGGCCACCUCCAGUGUCACCGAGGCCACUAAGAUCACACAGCGCUGCCAAGAGGCCUCCAAUGCCCUACCCAGGCUGCUGCCACCAGGGCUGUGCUAGGGGACAAAUGUGUCCAUCAGGGACUGGUGGCACUGACACAAUCAUGGGAUCAUGGAGACGGCAGAUGGGGCCUUUGGGACCACCAUUCCAACCACCAAUGGACUGAGGGCUGUCACUAAAUGUCACCUCAGUGUCACUUCCGUGCAUCCCCUCAACAUCUCCAGGGACCACUUCCUGAUAAAAAUGGGAAAACAAUUUUGUUUUAUAAAAAUUAUUUUGUUUUAUAAAAAUGUUAUCACGUGA